AUGAGUUUCGACUGCAUUGCAUGCGACCGUUCUUUCGGCAGCGAAGAGGCCCUGGAGCAGCACCUACGAGGCGCGCCAGUGCAUGCUCCAUCGUUCGAGUGUAGUACUUGCGACCGGUCAUUUGGCAGCGAAGAGGCCCUGGCGCAGCACCUUCGUGAUUCCCGAGCUCAUACGCAAGCCGCUGAAACUCCUUUGGAUAUUUUUUUCCGGAGUUUCCCGGACUUUGACUAUAAUCCUUCUCUACCACCGGCUACGACAUACGCUUAUCUCCGGCAGCAUGAAGGUUGGCGACGUGGCGACGUUGAUUCAACAGAUGCUUGGGACAGAUAUCAAGAUGCACUCGAAAGCGAGCUGCGCAUGUGGUACGGAUCUGAGGACGAUUUGACUGCGUGGCAUGCACUCUGUCGCGCUAUCGGUAUUAAUCCGCUUCCGAAGGCAUGCAAGCAUUGUGAAGAGGCUGUCCGAAGAACGCACGUUAAUAUUAUUGAUUUGAUUGAGUGGGGACGGAAACGUGGAAAUGCCGACCACGAAGUUCGAACAUUUGAGACUGAGGCAGAGCUACGAGCUUAUACUCAAAGGACAGCCAAAAUAUUCCGCAACACAUGGCAUCAAGAAGAUAGCAAUGUUGUCAUGAGACAUCUACUUCGAAAGAUUUUUCGAUGUAGCUUGUAA